UGGUUUACCCUGAUUGGUUGUAAAUGAAUGUAUAGAUAAACUGACCAAUGAACGUAGUUUUUUCUUAUCUUGUGCGAAACCCGAAACAAGAAACAGGCUAAGCGAAAUCUACUUGCUGUGAUUGAUUCUACGAAAAAGUUGAGAAAUUUCCAAAAUAUAAAAUGGCUGGAGACAAGGCCGUAGCCACCGUCAGCAAGCCACAGAUGCGUGGACUCCUCAACUCGGCAAUCAAGCGCAACUUGACCAUCUCCAUCACCCUGGCCGUCAUCUCAGGGUUCGCCUUCAAGUUCAUUGUGGGCAAUGAGCGCAAGAGGAAGUACGCUGAAUUCUACAGGACAUACGACGCUGAGAAGGAGUUUGAGGAGAUGAGGAAGAAGGGACUUUUCCAAUCAUGCUGAAAGUCAGGCGUUUAGUGUAGUAUUAUUGUAUGCUGUGAAUAAUGUUAAUAAAUCAAUUAUGAUUUAAUUUA